AUGACCCCGGCGGCCCGGUUCCGUGCCGCGCUGAAGUUCUUCGAUCCCGGCGAGCCUCCCCGAAUCCUGCCCAGAAGAAGGUACGGCAUGGUCGUGCGGCAGGCGACGGGCGUACCAGCGAGUUUUAAUGAAAAGCUGCUGGCCGCCCUCAACCUGCCCGGUCUGCAGUACGUGUUCGACCGUCAGCUCCAUGUGCUUGAGAGAGUAACCUGGACGGUGGUGAUCCUGGCCGCCAUCGGUGGUACGAUCCAGUUCGGGCGGAUCCAGUAUGCCCGGUACACCAGCAACCCUACGGUCAUCCAGAUGGAUAAGAACUAUCGCGAUUGGGUCGGCAUCAUGCCGGGCCUUACGUACUGCUUUCAUGACCGCAUUAACUGGCACCGGGCGCGCCACUUCCUGGAGCGGUGAGUCGGCAUAAUUAAGAUUACCUUUUUUUCCGGGGUGGGGAGGAACGCGUUACUGGCACCGCCCGGGAAUGAGUCCACCGGGGAUGCCCCGUUGAGCCCGUACCUGACCGACUUUGUGCAAACACUCGUCGAGGUGACGGCGACCAGCUUCGGCAACGUGUCUCGUUUCAUCAACGACACCCGUCUGGUGACCGGCGUCGACGUGCUUGAGCUUAUCAGCUGGGUACACCCACAGCACGAUAUCGCCAUCAACAGCUUCGAACCGGAGCACAGCAACCUGCCGGUGCAGCAGAUUGUCACCGAGAAUGGUGUCUGCUACGCGCUCAACGUGGCCCUGGCGUACCUGCAAAACAGCAACUACACCCGCGAAGACCAUCAGGCUUCCAAGAAGGACGUCCUGACGAAACCACCCAUUACGUGUGAAUUCAGUCGACACCAUUGCUACAUGAAGCUGGAUACCUAUCGGUCGACGAUGUCGUAUACCGUUCACUCACCGUACGAAGUGGCCACCAACGAUCAGCUGUACACCGCGGUCGACGAGUCGGAUGAGCUGGUGGCCAUCUACACGCUGCUAGAAACGGUCUCAACCGAACGCCUGAAGGAGCUGAGCGUCGAGCAGCGCAAAUGCUACUUCUACGAUGAGUCCUACAAUCAGCUACCGUUCUACAGUCGCAAUCUCUGUCUCAUGAGCUGCCGGGCAGCGCGUGCCCUGGCGCUGUGCCGCUGUCGGCCGCACUUCUAUCCCUUUGCCGAAGGACCUCAGUGCAGCCUGCUGGGACUGUACUGCCUGCAGCAACAUCCCGAGUGGUACAACAACGUGGAUUGCAGGUGUCGGAAGACCUGCAACGACGUGGGCUAUUACGUGACAUCGCAAACCAAGACGCAAUGGACCGCAGAGGGUGGCAUACCCUUCACGCAUAAGGCUUCACUGCGCUGGGAGAUUCUGCAGCCCAAAACACGCCUGAGACGCGUGGUCAUUUUCAGCUACGAGGAUUUGCUCGUUUCGCUGGGUGGAGCCGUGGCGCUAUUUAUCGGGAAAAACGCGUUGGCUAUUUCGAAGAUUAUUGAUUUCCUCGUCAUCGAGCUGUACGCGUGGGCAUCGAGGGCAGUGGACGUCCUACGACCAAAAAGGAAGGUAAACGUGAGUGUCGCCACAAAGUAG